CAUAGGUCAUACCGCUCAGGUAGCUUGCUGCAGCUCUCCAAAGCCCCCACGACACACUGCCAGAGGAGAAGGAGGACAAGGUUCCACACAGCAGAAAACCAGGGAGCAUGUUGGAGCAGCAGAUUGACCCGGACCAGCUUGCCGCUGGAAAGAGCCAAGGCGGUGCGAGCGUUACUUACAAGGUGGUCCUCUUUGAGCUUGAGAACUUCCAAGGCCGCAAGGUAGAGCUAUCGGCCGAGUGCAAGGAUGUGAGAGUGAAGACCCUCGAGAAGGUGGCUUCCAUCGUGGUGGAUUCCGGCCCCUGGGUAGGGUUUGAGUGCCAGGGAUUUAGUGGAGAGCAGUUCAUCCUUGAGAAAGGAGAUUACCCUCGCUGGACCACCUGGACCAACAGCCAGAGAAGCUGCUUCUUAAUGUCCCUGAGGCCGGUCAAAUUGGUGAAUGGGCCAGACCACAAGCUGCUUCUGUUCGAGGGUGCUGGUUUCAGUGGCAGGAAGAUGGAGAUCAUGGACGAAGACGUGCCCAGCCUCUGGGGUUAUGGUUUCCAUGACCGCGUGGCCAGCAUCAAGGCACUUAACGGAACUUGGGUGGCCUACGUGUACCCAGGCUACCGGGGCCACCAGUUUGUGCUGGAGAAGGGUGACUACAAACACUGGAAUGAAUGGCAGGGGUCACGGCCACAGAUCCAGUCCGUCAGGCGGGUUCGUGACAUGCAGUGGCACAAACGAGGACGCUUCACCGUCCCCGCCCCUGCUCCUGCCCCCACCCCCACCCCACCUGCUUCCUCCACCACCGGCUCCAGCUGA